GAUCUACGCCAUUCUCUUCACCUUGGAGAUGGCCAUUCGCUUCAUUGCCGCAGGAUGCAGGAACUAUUUGAUUGGUCCUGAGUGGUAUUGGAACUGGUUGGAUCUGCUCGUGGUCAUUCCUGCUUGGGUGGAGCUGAUUACGGACUUCAUGGAGCAUGGGGAGAACGUCUCCAGCGGCGCCAGUAACUUCCGAAUUCUGCGCGUUUUGAGGAUCACUCGGAUGUUACAUGUGAUUCGCAGCGUUCGGCUGAUUCGUGUGAUCCACGCCUUCCGCGAGCUGAUCUUGUCCAUUUUGGACACGACACGACAGCUGGGAUGGGCCAUGAUUUUGCUGCUGCUGAUCAUCUAUAGCUUCUCCAUUCUCUUCACCGAUGCGGUCAGCAAUGAACAGUUGACUGACCCACAGAGGCUGGACCUCAGCAAUGCGCAGCAGUACUUUGGAGGCGUCUUCAUUGCCUGCGAAACGCUGUUCAGGGCCUGCCUCAGUGGCUUCGACUGGGUAGAUGCGGCCGAUGCCUUGAAGCCGGUGGGGGAGGUCUGGGUCCAACUGUUCCACAUCUACGUGGCCUUCUGCAGCUUUGCUGUGCUAAACGUAAUUACAGGCGUCUUCGUGAACAGCGCCAUCAAGACCCGAGAGAAGGAUCACGAGACCUUGGUUUUGCACGUGCAGAAGUUCAAGGACUUGGUCGGCAAGAUCUGGAAUAAGUUGGACACCUCAGGCGAUGGUCAACUGACGAUCACGGAGUUUGAACAGAUGUUCAAAGAUCCGGACAUGCAGGCGUUCUUCGAAGCCAUCGAGGUGAACGCGGUGGACGCCUCGACCUUGUUCGACUCCUUGGAUGCCGAUGGGGAUCACCUGGUGAGCUACGAGGAGUUCUGCCAGAGAUGUACCCAGCUCCACGGCAGUGCACGGGCGGUGGACUUGUUCGCACUGACGCAGCAGAAUGGCAAGGUUUGGGACGAAGUUCUAAGUCUCAAGACACAGCAGCAGGAGUCCACGGAGUGUCUGAAGUUCAUCUCGCAGAUCUUGAUGCAACACAUGGGAGAUCCCAUGCUCUGCGUGCAGGUUAGCUGAGGCCAGUACCCGCGAACGGAAAGCCUUUUGGUAUUACGUCUGUU